GUAAUUCUCCAAGCAAAGGGGAGGAGGGAAGGCAAAACAUGGGCAGAGCAAAAAGCUGAGCUGGAAACUUCAAACAAACCACAGCAAAGCAGGAACCGGGAUUUAUACAGAUUUUUCCAAAAGAAUGCUAGAGAUUUGAAGGGUGGGGGCUGCACUGACAUAUUUUCUGAGAGUUUGAGAGCUUAGGAAAGUUUCCCGGGGGUUUGUGGAAGUUUCCUGGCAGUUUGUUGAGUUUGUAGGACUUUGGCUGAAAGCGGGACAGGCGACGGAGUUUCUCUCUCGGAUGCUCAGUGAGGAGAGUGAAUGGAGCCCAGAGCAGCUCUGCUUCUCAGGGUCCUGCUCAUUUCGAAACUUUUUCUAUCCUUGGAAGGUUUCAGGCCGCGGCUGGACGAAUAUCCCCCUCUGAUAAUCGAACAUCCUACCGACCUGGCGGUCUGCAGGGGGGAGCCGGCUACCCUGAACUGCCGGGCGGAGGGGAGGCCACAGCCGGUCAUUGAGUGGUACAGGAACGGUGAGCGCGUGGAGACCAGCGAGGAUGACCCUCAGUCCCAGCGCACCCUCCUGCCGCAUGGCUCGCUCUUCUUCUACCAGCUGAGCCAGGGGCGCAAGGGGAAGUCCGACGAGGGCGUGUACACGUGUGUGGCGCGCAACCACCUGGGAUACGUCGUAAGCAGGAACGCGUCGCUCUAUGUGGCAUCCUUGCGGGAGGAGUUCAGACAGCAGCCGAGCAAUGUGGUGGUGGUAUUGGGUGAACAGGCAGAAAUGGAAUGCUUGCCACCUCGAGGACAUCCAGAGCCAACCGUCACGUGGAAGAAAGAUGGGGCACCUCUAAAUGAAAAGGACGAACGUUACAGAGUCACUGUUGGCAAACUCAUCAUUUCCCAAACUCAAUGGAGUGAUUCGGGAGUGUACAUCUGUGUAGCAAUGAAUAAAGUGGGACGGCGGGAGAGCAAGGCUGCCCGUUUGUCCGUACUAGAAAAGCCAACCUUUGUCCAGAGGCCGAGUGAUGCGACAGUAACAGCUGGGGAUACAGUGAAGUUUUCCUGUGAUGUCCGUGGUGAUCCAAUGCCACGUGUGCACUGGCAGAAGGAAAAUGGAGACCUUCCCACAGGGAGGUACGAGGUGAACUCUGAUAACACGAUAAAGAUUCAUUACACAACUCUCAAUGAUGCAGGCCGUUAUACCUGCCUGGCUGAGAAUGUGCUGGGUUCAGCUGCUGCCUCCGUCUCCCUCAUUGUACGAGAUGCUCUUGACACUGGUCAGGGAGACAGGCAGAAGGAUACUCACCAGGAACUGUUGGAUGUUAGGAUCUACCUUGAUAACGUUACUGUCCUUCCAACAUCUUCACAUGUUUAUCUCCAUUGGAAGGUUAUUUCGCCGUCUCAAUACAUUGAUGGAUUUCAUGUUUUCUUUCGUUCUUUGAUGCCCCCGAGUGCGGAAUGGAUGGGGCAGCAGGUUGCCCACCCCCUUGAGCGGAACACAGUGCUGACCACACUGAGAAGGGGCUAUAAAUAUGAGUUCAAGGUUCAGGCGUACAGCGGAAAGUUCUACAGUCCAGACAGCAACACAAAACAUGGGAGGAUUCCCGAGGAAGUGCCAGAUGCUGCCCCUCACAGUGUUAUCGUUGCAACGACAGAAAGUAGGAAUGGCAGCGUCGUGGUCAGCUGGGAACCCCCUCCUCCCGAGUCCCACAACGGCAUCAUUAAAGGUUACAAGGUCUGGUGUUAUGGGAAUGAGAAGCAACAUCACAGAAAUUGGACAGUGGAUGGCAGCACACACCGGCUGGAGAUACCCGCACUGAAUUCUGGGAUUGAAUACCGUGUGCAGAUUGCAGCGAUCAAUGGUGCUGGAGUCGGGGUACACACCAAACCACAAUCCGUCUAUCUAGAUCCUUCAACUCAAGAAAAGUCAAUGAAGUCCUCGAUCCUUGGACUGGUGCUGGAGUUUGUGAGGCAGCCAGUUUUCAUUGCGAGUGCUGGGAGUGUGAUCUGGGCUGUCCUGAUGGUGCUCAGUGUGUGUUUGUACUGUCGCCACCGGACAAAACGCUGUAAUAUCCAAAAGAAACACAGACUAAGCAAAGGCUUGUACAGACUGGCUAAUGAAGACAUUGUUAUCAAACACAGGAUGAACCUGACCGAUUCUCCCUGGCUGUCAAAUUCCUGGAAAUCCAGCAGCUGCUCCAAGAACUUCAAUCCUGGGAAUAGUCAGCCCCUCUGGCUCCGCAGCCAGGAGAAGCAGACAUACUGGAAAACAGGUUCAUCAGUUGAGAAGGCCCAGGGUUUGAGAGACCACAACACCUUUAUAGUGCCCGAUAACAGCCUGUACGGGACGUUCAGCGAAGAAGGAAAAGAUUUGAAGACGUUUAGUACUCCGCUUUCGCAGAGGUCUAUGAAUUCCAACUACACUGUUCAGCUGACUCCAGACCAAAGCCCUUUGCCACUGCUGAAAAACAACACGAAUAGAAACAACAUCAACAGCUUUGGCCAGGUUACAAAGUUACCUUGGAAACAAGCACAAUACCUACAGCCAAAUCCAGACUUGUGGGACAAAAACUGCAAUAACGGAAAUAAUGGAUCUGUAAUUACUGUCAGUCGGAACCCAAUCACCAGCCCCCGAUCCAGCCGCAAAGGUGAUGGGAGGAAGGUGAUGAAGACUUUUUGUUCUCCAAAGAUCCAGCAUCACACUUUUGGGCUCAGACUGGUGGAUGCUCUCCCACCUCCUCCGCCUCUCCCUGUAGAGGAAGCUGGGCAAAUCCGGGACACACAGGAAGGACCAAGUAAAUCUAAUAAGCUUUCAGAAUCAAGCACGGUCACACCAGGAGCAAUGAGGAUGGAAAGCUGCUCUCCUCUGGAAGAUGACGAGAUGUCCUAUCAGACUACAUGCUACAGCCGUCUGUCCACUGCCACCCUCUCACUGUCAGCAAACGAUGACCCUGAAAACGGCCAUCAGCCAGAGCAAGUCUCUCAGUACUUGGAGCUGACAAAUGAGGAUAACCUAAGGCACUUCACAGACAGAUCGCCCUCCUUUCAAAGACCUUUCUCACCUCCCCAUACAUACGGGUACAUCUGUGGGCCAUUGCCCUCUGACCUGGAAACGGAUGCUGCGGACUAUGAUGAUGAGGAUGAUGACCUGGACGUCGAGGUGGCCCGUAUGAACUCUCACAGGUUCUUCCACAGACUCUGCCACACUCCAACCUCUAGCCUCAGUGAGUGCGAUAGCUCCCUCGCCGGAUCAUUGGCCAAUGGCUGGGGCUCGGUCUCCGAAGAAAAUUUCACCAGUGCCCGCUGCAGCAUGGUCAGCUCUUCUGAUGGCUCCUUCCUCAUGGAUGCCAACUUUGCCCAGGCCCUCGCUGUGGCAGUUGACAGUUUCUGCUUCGGUCUGAAACAAACAGAGAUGGAGACUCCUUACACAGCUCUCUCUACAACCUCCUUUCUGCCCACUGCCUUCCCUGAUGCUGUUGUAUCCCACAAUCCCUCAGAAGGAUCAGAGAUCACGAGUGGGUGUCCAGAAUCUGAACCUGGUCAGAUUUGGGAUUGGAAUAUGUCUUGGGCUGAUGAGAUAGAAGACAAGAUCACACAGAAGGUGGGAAUUGCAGCAAGGAACCAGAUGGCUACUGGAAAAAACUCCAAUGGACCCUUCAGCAAGCGCUCAGAGCAGCAACAACAGGCCAAAUGCAUCACCGACAUGCACAGCUCUAAAUCGGACAUCCAGGUGAACCCUGCCCUCAGUGCAGUACAUGUAUCUUUUGCAACAGUUGGAGCCCCAGUACACAAGAGUUUCGCGGUUAGGAGGAAGGUGGAGAAAGUUGGAUUGAUGAACUUUCCAGUGGACACCAAUGGUCUCACCAUGGUUAAGGUCUAAGAACAUGAGUGGAUUGGAACACCCGACCCAUCCCUGUAUACACAGAAAUCCAUGGACAUCAAGGAUCCAGAUCCAUGAGGAAGGGAGAGAAGGAUGUUUAUAGGGCGCAGACAUUCCAGUGGUUAUUGAUGGGCUGCAUGUGUACUUAAUCAUCUUCAGUUCCACUUGGGCAGGUCUGUAUGUGGCAAACUGGAGGAUGGUUCUGCGUGUAGUCUGUGUAGCUUUUAUAGGAAACUCGGUAGUUUUGAACCCCAAAGGGAUCAGAAAGCUAUUUCUAAACUUGCAAUCUAUUCGAAAUCCAGGGCAGCAAACAAAAGUCAACGUGUACAUCCAGAUGUUAGAAACCAGUGACAGCCGGUUGACUGACUGACUGAAUAUAAACAUUGGCUUGUAGAUUGUGUAGAUGGGUCUGAAUGGGGGAGGCGGGAUUAAAUUCAAAAGCAAGGCUGUGUUCUUGGAGUUUCUGAGUACGUGUACACAGACACCCCACCAGCAUACAUCAGCUUUUAACUUAUCUCAUUACUAAUUAAUCUAACAGAUGUAUGUAAAUAAAACUGACCUUGAAAGCCAGUCUGGAGUGACAUUAAAAACUCAACAAAAACAUCAAGGAAGCCUGAAAUGUCAAUGACAUAAGAUCAUUGGAAACGACGGUGUUGGAUGACAGCACAUCAAUAUCCAUUGCCUAUUGCUGGUCAAACAUGGAAAGAGAUCAAAGCACAUAAACAGCUUGGUUGAAAAGAAUCAUCACUUAACAUACUUAAGGGGCCCUUUUCUCUGAAGACCUAGUAUUGGCAAUAAGUUACUUCAUCCCGAGUCUAACUGUACUUAUUAUUUUCAUGAUAAACAAAUGACAUUUUAAAAAGAAAA